AUGGCCCUGGACAGCAUGGACAAAAAACGAUGGCACCCGAAAGGCGGCCAGUUCAAUAAAUUUGUCAAGAAACGAAUACCCAUUACCGGAUGGUUGCCGAAUUAUAAUUCCGAGAAGUUCUUGAACGAUGCUAUCGCCGGCAUCACCGUCGGCCUUACUGUUAUGCCGCAAGGACUUGCCUACGCCACUCUAGCCGGUUUAGAGCCUCAGUAUGGCCUUUAUUCCGCAUUUAUGGGAGCCAUGGUGUACAUAGUAUUCGGCUCGUGUAAAGAUAUCACGAUUGGGCCCACUGCCCUCAUGGCACUGAUGACUCACGAGUACGUUCAAGGCAGAAACGCGGACUUUGCAAUACUACUAGCCUUUUUAUGCGGUUGCUUACAAAUAUUGAUGGCUUUCUUACGACUAGUCACAGUUGGAUUCACCUCCGCGACGUCUGUUAUAAUUGUAGUUUCUCAAUUGAAGGGCCUUUUGGGAUUGAGAAUCUCCUCUCAAGGGUUCUUGGAUACUUUAACAAAAGUAUUGCAAAACAUUCAUUGGAUCAAUUGGUGGGAUACUGGGAUGAGCUUGUCUUGUAUCACUAUUUUGUUGUUAUUCAGGAAAAUGAAAGACAUCAAGCUAUGCUCGAACAAUGAGAAACCAAAUAGAUAUCAAAGGAUACUGAUGAAAAUGAUAUGGUUAUUGUCAACAGCUAGAAACGCUGUCAUUGUUAUCAUUUGUUCCACCAUUGCUUACAAACUAAAUUCUACCGAACAUGGUUCCCCGUUCAUUCUCACUGGUCCUGUGAGAUCUGGUCUUCCAUCCUUUGGUUUACCUCCGUUUUCUACGCGAGUAAAAAAUGAGACUUUAACUUUCACAGAAAUGUGUUCAGAAUUGGGUGCAUCUAUAGCAUUAGUACCAAUAAUCGGAGUCCUUGGAAACGUGGCAAUAGCAAAGGCUUUUGCAAACGGUGGUAAAGUAGAUGCCACUCAGGAACUAAUUACUUUAGGAAUUUGCAAUGUUCUUGGAUCUUGCGCAAGUGCAAUGCCCGUUACUGGCUCCUUUAGUAGAUCUGCAGUGAAUCAUGCCAGUGGUGUAAAAACGCCAAUGGGUGGUUUAUAUACUGGAAUACUAAUAUUACUGGCUCUUAGUCUACUUACCCCUUACUUCUACUUUAUACCAAAGGCUUCCUUAUCUGCAGUUAUUAUCUGUGCAGUGAUAUACAUGAUUGAAUAUCAAGUUGUAAAGCUCAUAUGGAAAACCAGUAAAAAGGAUUUGAUUCCAAUGUUUGUGACCUUCUUAUUCUGCUUGAUUGUUGGCGUUGAAUAUGGAAUUUUAUUAGGUGUAGGAAUAAAUCUUAUGUUCUUAUUGUAUCCGUCUGCACGUCCUACAAUACACGUUGACAAAUGUAAAACAACUUCCGGCGCUGACUACCUUUUAGUAACACCAGGAAAUAGCCUUUAUUUUCCAGCCGUAGAUUUUAUUAAAAAGUCAGUUGGCAAUGCCGGUAUAAAGCAAGGUUCUUGUCAAGUUCCAGUUGUAGUUGACUGCAGAUAUAUCCUCGGAGCUGAUUUUACUGCCGCAAAAGGAAUAGCAACAUUGAUAAAUGAAUUUAACAAUCGAAAACAAGGUUUAUAUUUUUACAAUCCACGAUCGGAUGUUAUUGCUGUACUUAAAGGAGCCUGCGGAGAAGAGUUUCAAUAUAUUUCUACCCAGGAUGAACUAUCAUACUUAUUAUCGACGCAUCAAGAUAAAACAUCACAACAACUUUUAGAAGUAACACGCGACAAAUCGCACGAACCAUUAAUGUUAAAUAGUCCCGAAAUUAUUCAUCGAGGUAAUCGUUCAUGCCAUGAACUUAAUGAAGUCACAACCACAUUGUUACACGCUACAGCUAGUUAA